AUGAGCACCAACGCUGAGCACUUCCCACCGUGGACCGCCUCCGCGGUGCCCCCCAACGCCAGCGCAGCCUGGAUGGAAGGGCCGUCGGCGCGGGGCGGACGGGUGGGCGAGCUGGCGGGCAUGGUGGUGAUCCAGUGCAUCUACGCCCUGGUGUGCCUGCUGGGGCUGCUGGGCAACUCGCUGGUCAUCUUUGUCAUCCUGCGCUACACCAAGAUGAAAACGGCCACCAACAUCUACCUGCUCAACUUGGCCAUCGCCGACGAGCUGUUCAUGCUCAGCAUCCCCUUCGUGGCCACCUCGGCCGCCCUGCACCACUGGCCCUUCGGCCGGGCGCUGUGCCGCACCGUGCUGGGCGUCGAUGGCCUCAACAUGUUCACCAGCGUCUUCUGCCUGACGGUGCUCAGCCUGGACCGCUACAUUGCCGUGGUGCAUCCGCUGCGGGCGGCCACCUAUCGCCGUCCACGGGUGGCCAAGAUGGUCAACGGAGCCGUCUGGCUCCUCUCCUUGCUUGUGGCCUCACCCAUCCCCAUCUUCGCCGGCACUGCAGUCACGCGUGAUGGCCAAGCGGUGGCUUGCAAUCUGCUAUGGCCUAGCCCAGCCUGGUCGGCAGCCUUUGUGGUGUACACCACGCUGCUGGGCUUCCUGCUGCCGGUGCUGGCCAUGGGGCUGUGCUACCUGCUGAUUGUGGGCAAGAUGCGGGCCGUGGCGCAGCGGGUGGGCUGGCAGCAGCGCAGGCGCUCCGAGGGCAAGCUGACACGCCUGGUGCUGAUGGUGGUGGCUAUGUUUGUCAUCUGCUGGAUGCCCUUCUAUGUGGUGCAGUUGGUCAACCUUCUUCUGCCCGGCCGCCUCGACGCCACCGUCAACAACGCCUGCCUCAUCCUCAGCUACUCCAACAGCUGCGCCAACCCCAUCCUCUACGGGUUCCUCUCGGAAAACUUCCGGCACUCCUUCCAUGGUGUGCUGCGGCGCUGCCUCGAUGCCAGCCUCUGCUGCUGCCCACCCGAGGCGCGGGCUGUUGGCGAUGAGGAGGAGGAGGAAGAGGAAGAGCCCCUGGAUUACCGCGCCGUGCCCCGAAGUGACCCCAAGGGCAAGGGCUGCAUGUGCCCGCCGCUGCCCUGCCAGCAGGAGCCCGUGCGCCCCGAACCCUGCUGCAAGCCCGGCACCCUCCUGGCAAAGACCACCACCUUCUAA